AUGCCUUGGUUCGCAACCUUGAAAGCUCGCUUCUGGACCCGUCGCCGGACUGGUUCGAAAACCUUUCUCUAUUUCGAUGCCGAUCCUACACAAGACUGGGCCGAACCUGACCGUUCCUCGCCUAUUUCAGAAUACGCCGAGUCUGUAGACGCCCGGUUGGUUGCCAAUAUAGACCUCGCGGGGUCGCCUGUCUCGCCUCAAGACCCCAACUAUGCACUUUGGUGGGACGCCGUCACCUAUCGCCACGGUUCUUUAGGGAGUUGGGGUUACCUUGUUUGGGCAAAAUAUCACAAUUUUCGUCAACGUUCACUCUUGGCGAACGCACCCUUGACUUCGGAUAACAGACAUUACAAAGAUACUCCUUUCGCAGCCAUAUCCGAUUGCCGCAACAGCGAUGCCGUUUUGCGCGCUUUGUAUGACACGCUGUCGCUGAGGUGUGAAGAUAUUCUGUCGACCGAUAUCCGGCCAGAUCUGGACUCCAUUGUGAACGACCUAUCUCGGAUACUUGAGGAAUUCCGGCCUGUAACUCAAACGGAUCGAUUUCCUACGCUCGAGCGUCAUAUUCUGUUCGUCGCGAUCGGCGUGUUGCUGAACACGCCGCAUAAGACGCCGGGGCACUCCCAAUCCAGGAGGCUUCGAAUGUUAUUCAGUCACUUGGCGGCCUGUACACAUCGAUUGCUGGAGUACACAAUGACAUGCGGCGCAGGUUUCUCCACCAGAACAGUUGUCAUCACGGCGUUUGUAGACAUGCUAGAUGCACUCAAGCUAGCAGCUCUGAUGACAAGAGGAGAUUACGACGCAUCCCUCGGUCGCUUGGAAGCAUCGACGGUUAGGGACGCUGCCGACGUAUGGCAAUCUAUCGUGGAUCACAUAGACUGUAUUCAACAAGACGAUGAAGGGUUGGCAGUCGACAUAUGGAACCGUGGCUCAUGGUCUGACGAUGACAGGAACUCGAUGGGCGAACAGCUGCGCGAUGACGGCACGUCCCUAAUACUCGAUGGAUACGACUGUGAGCCCGAUGACCAGCAUCCUGAAGAGGACGAAGACUGGACCGCAAAGGACGAAGAUACACAGGAAUCAGGCGUGGAACAGUCUGGUGAUACUGAAAGCACUACCGACACAAGUGAACCAUCUCCCGGUUACGAUGGCGAUGCUAUCGAAGGAUCCAAGAACCCAUCUUCGCAUAACGGGCAAGACCACCUGGCCACUGUCAUCAAGUCCUUCGCCAGUCUACCUCUUGACGAACUCGUGCUCGCGAACCUGUUACCCGUGGCCUACGUGGUAACCAGGAUUCAAACGUGGGCCGAAUCGUCACAUUCAUCCCUAUUACGAUUGUGCGCAUCUUUGACCUACUACGAUCAGCUGCGCUCAGCGACCCUCGAUACACACUUCGAGUGCAUACACAAGCAACUGAUGGACGAGUGGAAAUAUGUUUGCGGUAUCCUCGCGGCAGUCCUCGCGGCCGACGUCACAGUAAUUGGGUUCUCAUCCGGGACCGUCUUCACAGUGGACAAACUAGCGUUACGCUUGGUAACGCUAUCGGAAGCAGCGGCAGCGGUUGGAAUCUGCAUAGACGGCGCUCUCUUGAUCAGGUACUACAACGCUACGGGAGAUACAUUCCAGAAACUCGCAUACGGGCGCGUAUCCAAGAACUACGUCUUCUUCGCCGCCACCUCCCGCUUUCCCCUACUCUGUCCAUGCUCUUCUCGCUAG